AUGGCGGCUCAUGAAGCUCAGUGCCAGAGAAUCCACCCAUCCCCGGCGGCCGACGUGGAGUCACAACAACCACCGCCAGCUCGCCCCAACCAGAAACCCAUCUCCACCGCCACGUGGCGGCCACCCACCCACCCUCCCCCAAUUCGGCCCCCUCCCCCGCCGCCACUAGCCGCCGGAGCCCACCUGCUAAAGAAACCCAAACGUAGUUGCUGCAGCCCAUGCAAGUGCGUGUGCUGGACGCUCGCCAUCCUCCUCCUCCUCACCAUCGUCCUCGCCGCCACCGCCGGCGCCAUCUACCUCAUCUUCAAGCCCAAAGUCCCCAACUACUCCGUUGACAGCCUCCGCAUCACCGACCUCACGCUCAACAUGGACCUCUCCCUCACCGCCAAAUUCGACGUCCGGGUCACCGCCGACAACCCCAACGACAAGAUCGGGAUCUACUACGAGAAAGGCGGGGUCAUUAGCGUGUGGUAUCAGGGGACCAGCCUCUGCGUGGGGCCCAUCCCGAGGUUUUACCAGGGACACCGAAACGUCACCAGGCUCCACGUGGCGCUGGCGGGGAGGAACCAGUACGGGAGCGCGGUGAUGUCGGCGAUCCAGCAGCAGCAGGCCACGGGGAGGAUUCCGUUGGAGCUGAGGAUACACGCGCCGGUGGCGGUGAAGCUGGGCGCGUUGAAGAUGAGGAAGGUGAAGGUGUUGGGGAAGUGUUUGCUGGUUGUGGAUAGCUUGAGUUCCAGUAGUAAGAUACGAAUCCAGGCCAGUGAUUGCAACUUCAAGUUGAAGCUUUGA